UGGGUGAGAGCUGAAAUAGGCUCUAGGUACCCUCUGGGGCCCAGAAGUGUUACAGGAUAAAUAGAGAAACUGAGACCCAGAAAAGAAAACAUUCUUACCCACAGUCCCCCAGUGAGUCCCGGCUAAGUAUCUGCUUUGCUGAAGCAUCAUUCCCUCAUCAGGUAGGCAGAGGAACAGGUGGGGAGAGGCGUGGGAGGACAGUGAGAGGUGGAUCCCUCAGAGCAGGAAAGCAACCACAGUGUCUGCCCUGCCUAGACGUACAGCCUGCUGGCAGGGGCUCCUGGAACAGUGGGUUUGGCUUGGAGCCUGCCUUGCUGCCUAUGAGGGUGCCUCGGAACCCUGAAGCUGAGCUGAGCCAUGCCAGAGCCCCUGGAGAAAGCAUGAUUUCAGAAGAUGCAGAGUCAUUUGUGAGAAAGCCCUUGGGGAGCUCCCUCUGGGGACACUCGUGGCUCUUGUGAGGAAAGGGCUGCGGGGCCUAGGUAGGUGGACGGCUGGGCCGCAGCUAUGGACCGUGAGCUGGCCCAGACCCGUGUCCUUGCUGAGCCUGCCCGACUGUGGCUGCUCCCACCAUGGGCUCCUCGGUGUACAUCACGGUGGAGCUGGCCAUUGCUGUGCUGGCCGUCCUGGGCAACGUGCUUGUGUGCUGGGCCGUAUGGAUCAACAGCAACCUACAGAAUGUCACCAACUACUUUGUGGUGUCACUGGCGGCGGCUGACAUUGCAGUGGGUGUGCUCGCCAUCCCUUUCGCCAUCACCAUCAGCACUGGGUUCUGUGCUGCCUGCCAUGGCUGCCUCUUCUUCGCCUGUUUUGUCCUGGUCCUCACGCAGAGCUCCAUCUUCAGCCUCUUGGCCAUUGCCAUUGACCGCUAUAUCGCCAUCCGCAUUCCACUCCGGUACAAUGGCUUGGUGACAGGUGUGAGGGCGAAGGGCAUCAUUGCAAUUUGCUGGGUGCUGUCAUUUGCCAUUGGCCUGACCCCCAUGCUGGGCUGGAACAGCUGCAGUCAGGUCAAGGGAGUCGAGAACAACACACAGCAGCCCUGUGACGAGGGCCAGGUGACCUGUCUCUUUGAGGAUGUGGUACCCAUGAACUACAUGGUGUACUACAACUUCUUUGCUUUCGUGCUUGUGCCUCUGCUGCUCAUGCUGGGCAUCUACUUGCGGAUCUUUCUGGCAGCCCGGCGACAGCUGAAGCAGAUGGAGAGCCAACCCCUACCAGGGGAGCGGGCUAGGUCUACACUACAGAAGGAGGUCCAUGCGGCCAAGUCCCUGGCCAUCAUCGUGGGGCUCUUCGCCCUCUGCUGGUUGCCGCUGCACGUCAUCAACUGCUUCACCUUCUUCUGUCCCUCAUGCAGCCACGCCCCUCUGUGGCUCAUGUACCUGGCCAUCGUCCUCUCCCACAGCAAUUCUGUUGUCAAUCCCUUCAUCUAUGCCUACAGGAUCCGUGAAUUCCGCCAGACCUUCCGCAAGAUCAUUCGCAGCCACGUCCUGAGGCGUCGGCAGGAACCCUUCAAGGCAGGGGGUACCAGUGCCCGGGCCUUGGCUGCUCACAGCACUGAGGGAGAGCAGGUCAGCCUUCGCCUCAACGGCCACCCCCUGGGAGUGUGGGCUAAUGGUAGUGCCCCCCAUCCUGAACGACGGCCCAAUGGCUACACCCUCGGGCUGGUGAGUGGAGGGAGUACCCAAGGGUUUCAUGGGGAUGUGGGCCUUCCAGAUGUGGAGCUCCUUACCCAUGAGCAUCAGGAAGCAUGCCAGGAGGCCCCUGGCCUAGUGGAUCCUCUGGCUCAGGGCAGAGCAGAAAUGGCCUCAUGGUCCACAGACUUUUCUCCUUCCUGAGGAAAAGAAAUCUUUAUCUUUUGGUUGGCUGGACCAGUCUCACUGAGAGAAGAAAGUAUGUCAGAAGAAAGUGUCAGGAGAUCUACCAGGCAUCUGGUUCCCACUUUGCUCUGAGAAGAGGAUGCAUCAAAUUGGAGCAGCAUGAGGCCCAGUAAGAAAGCCUAGGGUCUGAAGAAGCAGAUGUUUUAUGCUGCAAGGCCCUGGCCUACUAGGCCAGGGUACAGCAGCAGCUCCCACACUCCACAAGCAUCAAAAAGCCCUACCUUGUCUCUGUAGAGCCACUGUGGCUUAGAAGACCUAGCCUGAUGCCUGGGAGUGGCUGCCUCAGGCCUCCUGCCAUGCAAACACUACCCUCCCCAGACUUUCUAGGGCUCAGGGAGCUGCAUGCCUGGAAGUGGCACUAGACUAUUUUUUCCGAAGAUAUAAAUGUGAGGAAAUCCCUUCUAUUUUAUUAUCUUUCCCUCCCUGGCUGCUGGGUCUGUUGUUGACCCUCCUGUCAUCCCAGCACCAGGAGUCUUCCAAAGGAGCCUCAGGCAGUCCACAAGCUGCCACACACUCAGUCACAGGGCCAUCUCUUGGGGCAACAAAACUGGGCUGGAGGACAGGAACUGUGAAGGGAAUAGUGCCAGAGCAUGGGUUCUGGCCCCAGGGGAGAGGUCAGGGCCGGCAGGCUGUGGACCUGAGCCUGGGUAGCUCAGAGCUGCCCCAUUAGAGGCCCUGUAUGCCUUUCCAUAUGAAAGGAGUGGGUUUUUUUUUCUGAGAUAAAAUAAAAUGAGCCACAUUGUGUUUUAA